UGCUCCCUGGUUCGAGUAUCUGUGGUGGAGAUUAAACUGUUCAGAUCCAUCAUGGAUGACAAACAAACAUCCAGCAAUGAAGAUUAUUUUCCAGGAUGCAGUCCAGUUAAUCAGAAGCGAUCAGAACCAGACUCCAGCUGUGUGUCUAUGAAGAGUGGUGCGUCUAUGGGUCAUCCAAUACUUUUUAAGAGUGAAGAUACAUGGACUGGCCUCAGUCCAGUUCAUCAGAAGAGAUCAGAACCAGAGCCCAGCUGUGUGUCUAUGAGGAGUGAUGCGUCUAUGGGUCAUCCAAUACUUUUUAAGAGUGAAGAUACAUGGACUGGCCUCAGACCAGUUCAUCAGAAAAGAUCAGAACCAGAGCUGAAGAGUGACGGAACUAUAGAUCACCAUAAAGCCUACAGCCUCAACACAUUUAGAUCAAACCUGAGGAAGAAGUUUCAGUAUCUGUGUGAAGGAACAGCAAAGCAGGGAAACCCAACACUCUUGAAUGAGAUCUACACAGAGCUCUACAUCACAGAGAGUGAGAGUGGAGAGAUCAAUAAUGAGCAUGAGGUGAGACAAAUUGAGACACAAUCCAGGAGAGCAGCAACAGAGGACACACCAAUCAAAUGCAGUGACAUCUUUAGACCUUUACCUGGACAAGACAAACCCAUCAGAACUGUGCUGACAAAGGGAGUUGCUGGCAUUGGAAAAACAGUCUCUGUGCAAAAGUUCAUUGUGGACUGGGCUGAAGGGAAAGAGAAUCAGGACGUCCAGCUCAUAUUUCCACUUCCUUUCAGAGAGCUCAACUUGAUGAAAGACAAAACACUCAGUCUUUCAGAUCUUCUUCGUGUUUUUUUCCCUGAAACAAAAGAAAUGGAAAUAUCCAGUCAUGAAUAUAAAGUGUUGUUCAUCUUUGAUGGUCUGGAUGAGUGUCGUCUGUCUCUGGAUUUUCAGAGCGAUAUGAGGUUGUGUGAUGUGACUGAAUCAGCCUCAGUGGAUGAGCUGCUGACGAACCUCAUUGUGGGGAAUCUGCUUCCCUCUUCUGUCAUCUGGAUCACCUCCAGACCAGGAGCAGCUGAUCUCGUCCCCUCUGAGUGUGUCCAUCGAGUGACAGAGGUACGAGGCUUCAAUGACCCACAGAAGGAGGAAUACUUCAGGAAGAGAAUCAGUGAUCAGAGUCUGGCCAAUACAAUCAUCACACACCUGAAGUCAUCAAGGAGCCUCCACAUCAUGUGCCAUAUCCCAGUGUUCUGCUGGAUCUCUGCCACUGUUCUAGAGAAGAUGUUGAGUGAAGCAGAGAGAAGAGAGAUUCCCAAGACGCUCACUCAAAUGUACACACACUUCCUGAUCAUUCAGACCAACAUCAAACAUGAGAAGGACUUUGAGAAGAAAGUGAAAGAUAAAGACAUGAUUCUCAAACUGGGGAAACUGGCUUUCCAGCAGCUUGUGAAAGGCAACCUGAUCUUCUAUGAGGAAGACCUGAGAGAGUGUGGCAUUGAUGUGACAGAAGCAUCAGUGUAUUCAGGAUUGUGCACUCAGAUCUUCAGAGAAGAGUUUGUCUUGUAUCAGGAGAAAGUCUUCUGCUUUGUUCAUCUGAGCAUCCAGGAACAUCUAGCAGCUGUUUGUGUGCACCACUCCAUUACAAACAACUGUAUAAAUAUCAUGAAAGACAUUUCAUGGGUGUCAUUUAAUCCAUUGUCUGGCCUGCAUUAUAGAGCUGUGGAAGAGGCUUUACAGAGUAAGAAUGGACACCUGGAACUUUUCCUUCGUUUCCUUCUGGGUCUCUCACUGGAGUCCAAUCAGAUUCUCCUACAAGAACUACUGACACAGUCAGGAAUCUGCUCAUACAACAGAGAAGAAACAGUUCAGUUCAUCAAAAAGAAGAUUGGGGAGAAUCACUCUUCAGAGAGAUCCAUCAAUCUGUUCCACUGUCUGAAUGAACUGGGUGAUGAUUCACUGAUUCAGGAGAUUCAAUGUUAUCUGAGAUCUGGAAAAAUAGGAGAAACCAAACUCUCCUGUUCACAGUGGUCAGCUCUGGUUUAUGUGUUGCUGACAACAGAGCAGAAGAUGGAAGUUUUCAAUCUAAAACAGUUUAUUGGAAAACAACAUACAGCAGAUAAGGUUCUUCAGAAGCUGCUGCCUGUGGUUAAAGAAUCCAGAUCAGCUCAGCUACAGUUCUGUAAUCUCACCGCUCAUUCCUGUAAGAGUUUGUCUUCAGCUCUACAAUCCUCAAACAUGUUCCUGGCAGAGCUGGACCUGAGUAACAAUGACCUGCAGGAUUCAGGAGUAAAGCUUCUUACUGAUGGACUUAAGAGUCCAAACUGUCAACUGCAGAUAUUGAGGCUGUCGGGCUGUAUGGUGACAGAGGAAGGCUGUGGUUAUGUGUCUUCAGCUCUGAGUUCAAACCCCUCACACCUGAGAGAGCUGGAUCUGAGCUAUAAUCACCCAGGAGAUUCAGGAGUCAAGAUGCUCUCUGAUAAACUCAACCAUCCAAACUACAGACUGGACAAACUCAAAGUGGAUCAUGGAGGAGAGAUCAUGAUUAGAGCAGGACUCCGCAAAUAUUCCCAUCAGCUCACUCUGGAUCUGAACACAGUGAAUGAACACCUCCGUCUGUCUGAGAGGAACACAGUGAUUACUAACACUGACCCAAAGCUUCAGUCGUAUCCUGAUCAUCCAGACAGAUUUGAUGUGUAUCCUCAGGUGUUGUUUGAGAGUGUGUGUGAUCGACGCUGUUACUGGGAGAUUGAGUGGAGUGGAGAAUAUGUGUCUAUAUCAGUGUCAUAUAAGAGCAUCAGCAGGAAGGGAAAGGGUGAUGAGUGUGUGUUUGGAUCUAAUGAUCAGUCCUGGAGUUUGAUCUGCUCUCGCUCCAGUUACUCAUUCAGACACAAUAACAUACAGACUGAACUCCCUGUAAAGCCCAUCAUCAGGAGAAUAGGAGUGUAUGUGGAUCACAGUGCAGGAACUCUGUCCUUCUACAGCAUCUCUGGAGACACAGUGAUCCUCAUCCACACAGUCCAGACCACAUUCACUCAACCGCUCUAUCCUGGGUUUGGGUUUAGGCUUGGUUCUGGAUCAUCAGUGAAACUGUGUUGAUGAAUCAGAACAGACUGUAGAGAGAUUUGAUCUAUAAAUGACUGGAUCACUCAUAACGUCAUAAACAGUGAAGCAGUAAAUACACGUCCUUGAAUGAGAGCAGAUUUAUUGCAUAUGUUACUUCUCAGGUAAUAUCUCUGGUUUGACUCCAUUUCAGAGGCGUCCAUAAUCAGAAU